GAGCUAUAGAUUUUUUAAUAAAACGGCAGUGAAUAUCGGGACGCAGUUAAAAAAUUCACUGCUAAUACUGAAAAUCUAUAAUAUGGGUGAACGAUAGAUUUUCAGUAGUGAAUUUUUAAAUACGCCUGGGUAUAUGCACGUUUAUUCCCUUCUUAUCUUUCUUCCAUCAGCAGCCCAGAGCAGCCAAAAGGGAGAGAGAGGUUGCUGAGGUUGCGCGUUUCUGUGUGUACGUAAAUAUAUAUUGUCAUUAUUUAAAGCUGCGUUUACACAUACAAGUACGAACAGCAUAAACGUGAACGGAACUGAACUAAAUACAGCCGUCAAGCAUCGUCAAGUUUCGGUGGAGUAAAAAUUUCGAGAUAAGGAUUAAAGAAUACAUUAUGGUUAAUAGUGCAGAUUGCACCUUUUUUAAGAAAUGAUUUCCAAUAUUGUAGAAAAGUAAAGAUAAAACUUUAUUUGAUACUAUAGAUAUAUAUUAAAAUUAUGGAUUCUAAAGAUAAAACGCAAGAUAUUAGUGAUAUUUCUGAAGUGAUACUUCCUACCAGAAGUGAAGAUGAAGAGUCUAAACAGAUUCAAUCAAGUACCUUGCAAACUGCAAGUAUCUCAGAAAAUGCCAACAAUUCUGUCAUCUUAAAAGAUCCUAGUCAUACAAUAGAAUUUGAUUGUAAUCACACUUGCAAAACUGUACAAAGUACACAGGUUCAAGAGCCUAUGGAACUUUCUACAGAAGACGACAUUGAAAUGGUGAUUGAUAAGUGUGACAAGACUGAAGAAACGUCAAAAGGACUUUUCUGUGCUCUUGCUAAUUCAGUUAAUACAUCAGAAGCAACUACUUCACAUAGUAGUUCAUCUUCUAAUGCUAGUGAAUCAAAUGCAUCAUGUCAUACAGAUCAGAAUAAAACUAAACGAAGUAUAUCAAAAGAUCAAGUUCAUUCAGAUAAAAGUGGAUCGACUGAAAGAUCAGAUGACAGUUCAGAUGAAGAUUCAAGUAAACGUCAGAAAUUGAACAAGAGUUUAAAUGACAGUGGUGGAAGCAUGAGUGAUGACACAGUAACAUUUCAAAAAACCAAAUCAAAAGUAAAACAACGAAAUUAUCGUAAGAGGCGAAACAUUACAAGUGAUAAUGAAGAUAGUUCUUGGAAUGUGUUGUAUAAUGAGACAGCAAGAGAAGCUUCCAUACUUGACACAGAUGAAGGAAAUGUUGCAUCUUGCAGUACCAGAAAUGAAUCCGCUAAUGAACCAUUAGACGAAACUACAAGAGCUCGCAGAGAAGAAUCUGAAACAUCUAACGAUGGUUCUGAUCGAUACAAAGAUGAGAGAGACGAUUCAAUUGAUUGGGGAACAGCUAACGACGAGGACUGGGAUGAAGAAGAAGAGGAGAACGAUGAUUUAGCUGAUGAAGUACCAAAUUGCCUAAAAAUAAAGAAACCGCAUCCUAAUUGGUGCAUAGUGCCAGAAGUUUUAAAUCGCCAAAUAGGUAGCAAUCCAUUGUUUCAUCGAAGAUUUUACGGAUCUUUACAUGCAGUAGAACGUCUCAAACUUAUGUAUCAUCUUAAUGAACAUCAGGGUUGCGUAAAUGCCUUGAAUUUCAAUCAAAAAGGAAAUUUACUAGCGAGUGCCUCUGAUGACUUAACAGUUGUUAUUUGGGACUGGGCAAGAGGAAAGAAGCAACAUUGGUUUAUGAGUGGACAUACAAGUAAUAUGUUUCAAGCUAAAUGGUUGCCGUUAGAUGUAGAGUAUCUCAUGGUGACUUGUGCUCGAGAUGGUCAAGUACGUUUAUUAGAUAUCAAACAUAACACUUCGAAGAAACUGGCGGCACAUCGUGGACCGUCGCAUAAAUUGGCUGUGCAUCAUGAAACACCUCAUGUAGUCCUCUCUGCUGGGGAAGAUGCAAGAGUAUUCUCCAUAGAUAUUCGAGAGAGCAAGCCAAACAAGUUGUUAGUAGUAAAAGAGGGCUCAUCAGAAGUGCAAUUAUACAGUAUACAUUCGAAUCCCUUUAAUAGUCAUGAAUUUUGCGUCGGCGGCCGUUGCCAUCACGUGAGAGUGUACGACCGGCGAAAAGUUUCGACGCCGCUUCACAAAUUAUAUCCCGAUCAUCUGAAGGGAAACAAACAUGCUCAUGUAACAUGCGCUGUAUAUAAUUACAACGGGACUGAAAUUCUCGCAUCGUAUAAUGACGAAGAUAUAUAUCUAUUUGAUAGACUGUCUACAACACCUGUAAAUUAUGCUCACAGAUACGAAGGCCAUAGAAAUAGCGCAACUGUAAAGGGUGUUAAUUUCUUUGGACCCAAAAGCGAAUAUGUUAUCUCUGGAUCCGAUUGUGGUAAUAUAUUUAUUUGGGACAAAAAUACAGAAGCUGUUGUGCAAUGGAUGGCAGGAGAUAAACAAGGAGUUGUAAAUUGUUUGGAAGGACACCCACACAUUCCCAUCUUGGCUACAAGUGGAUUAGAUUAUGAUGUUAAAAUAUGGAUACCGUCAUGUGCGGAACCUCCAACGAUGAAGUCAUUUGCAAACUGCGUCAAAUCUAACGUAAGAAACAGGAAGCAAGAAUAUGCGCAAGUAUAUGAUUGCUCUGAUGGUCAAUUGUUCUGGAUUUUACUGCGACAUAUUCGUCAUAGAGAAAGAGUACGAAAUUUUUACUCACGUUAUGGUCUCGAAGAACUGAAUCAAGAUGAGGAUGGCGACGAAGACGAAGAUUAUCAUGAUGACGACUCCUCCAAUGAGAAUUCGUCUGACAACAGUGACAGUCAAUCGGAAGGUGGCGACGUUGGACGAAUACAAUGCCCUCCAUCGUAAAAUUAGAGAUGCCACUCAACGCGAUUUGAUAUUCUUGUGAUGGGAAUUAUAUAGCGUUUUAAAUCAUUCAUUAGUCAUUUCUCCUGCAAUAAAUUUUAUCGAAUAAUUGUGUUAGCGUUACGUAGCAACAAAGUGUAUAAGAAAAAAAACAAUGUUGCAGGACAUCAAAAUGCACUUAUGUAUAUUCUAUGUGAUGCUGUAUUCUAAUAAUUAAUCUUUUUUAUCAGAUCGAAAAAUAAUUGGUAGCGUGAUAAACUAUCGUAAUGGUUUCUGGUUGUAAUCGUAAUUUUCGAAUAUACGUCGAAUAGAUAUAAAGACUGGAGUGAUUUGAUAGAAUGUAUGAUAUUAGACUAGCGGAAGAGACAACGGGAGAUUAUAGUAUUUUAUAAUAGUGUUACAACACGAUUAUAAAAAUGCAGAAAGAAGAUCUAUAAACUUGGAAAUAUUGUUUACUAUGAUUAACAUUACUCUCACAUAUAGGAUUGUUUUUUUUUUAGUUUGUAUUAAGUGUUUAAAUAUUAACCAUGUUUCUAUAAAAAUAGAUUGUGUAUCAUUAUUUUGAUAAUUUAUAUCAAUAUAUGAAAAACAUGUCACAUAUUUCAUAGGUGUGUAACGCAACUUUAACAUCAGAACACACAGUCACUUUCUCUUUGUAGGUAUUCGAGAAUACCAAUUUUAAAUAUAAAGUUUACUGUUAUACAAAUAUAUGAUGUUCUUCCAUAAAAAGAUUUUCUGAAGAGAAUGUUUUUUAGAGUUCUUUGAUGCUUUUUUUUUUGAGGAGGGAGG